AACUGAAGGUGCGAAUCUGACUACUAUAUCGUACAGAACUACGGCCCGCCCAAACAGCCUGCAGACAGUUCCGCCCACCUUUUUCCUUCUGACUCCUGCAGCCAGACAUGACCGACUCGCCCUCACUGCGUAUUCCGCUUGAUCCGAAGGAGCAGCCAAUCCUGGACAAACUGCUUGACCUGCGGACAAGACUCGAAUUGCUGAAGCAAGACCGUUCAACAUAUGUAAAGAGCCAGGAUGUAGUUGCCUUGUACAAUCAGGUCAUCGAGCAGGUCGAAGUUGUGAAUGCAUUACGGAUGACAAAACGUCACGAGCAGAAUCGAGUCGAUACGGUGUUGGACGAUUGCUUUCAACUCAUUUCACUUUCAUAUCUGACCAUAGGCAAAAAUCAUGAAGCACCCGCAAUAUACUCAGCUGUAUCAACAAUGAAGCGCUUGCUGGAUCAUCUUAAAGAAGCGACCUUCUAUUCUCCAAAGGACCUAGAAUCCAUCGGUGCUCGCCUUGAGGAUUGCCAGCGUUACUGCGAGCGAGGAAAGGAAUCUUACAGUCCCCAGCUUUUGACGCUGCUUGAAGCUCGCAUUGACGUAUGCCGGAAGACUCUGUCAGAGCUUGAACUCAAUCUUUCCCAUUUGACACCGGACCUCACCCCGAAGUACGACAAGUUGGUGUCCAUCCUUAGAUCCCUCUCCGCUUGCAAUACGAGAUCAAAGUUUCCUAAUGCUGAGGUCGACGAUUUCUUGGAGCAGCUGAAGGAGCUGCAUGAAGAGCUCAAACCUUACGGAAUUGUAGCUUAUGAGAGUACCGGCACCAAGGAGGAGAAAUUGGCUGAGAUGGCAGAGAAAUUACGACUCACCAUAGAUCAUCCUGAGCCUGCCCCGGAAGCCAAGAAGCUGGUCGAGACUCUGUUGCAACGAUGUUUCAUCUGGGUUGUCACGAUCAAGGGAAAACAAGGUAGAAUCGCGUUUCCGUUCAAAGACACUUAUGAUAAGCUACUAGACAUUAAAAACAAACUGGAGAAACUUUCCCUGACCCAGGCAUGGUCGCUGCGCGAGACCGAUCUCUAUAGCUACCAGAGGCAACUCGACCGAAUCGACGAGUCUCGGGUUGACGGCAACUUCCUUGAUGUAUUAGGCAGACCCGCGGACUUGUAUGAACAGAGGACCCUGCUCUAUCUGCUGCGGAAGAGCUAUGCCACGAUAUUUUAUCUGAUAAUAUCGUCUGAGCCCGUGUCAGAAGCUUUGCUGCCGAUAUACAAUCAACUGACGACGCUGCGGAAGUGCUUGCUUGAAGUAAAAAAGGCAGGCGGUGUAUCAUCACCCCGAGAACUGUAUCCUUAUAGCAUGAAGCUCAAUUCGAUUGAUAACAUGCGGGUGGACGGCAAAUUCAUGGUCGGGUCCGAUAUUCCAGACGGACAAGGCAGCGUGACGCAACUGCUCGAAGAUUGCUUUGAGCUUGUUUAUGACCUUAGAACGGAGGUCGAAGAAAGUAGCUCGGCAGGAAAGAGCGGUGACGGUGACAGCGAGAGCGGCGAUGUUCCCCUGAAAUGAAGAUCUGGGAUCUGUCUUUCAUCACUGGUGGCUUUCGUGUUCUGAUGUAGUGACUAGACAAGGUGUGUUGUCAAACUUGGCGCAGUUUCAAGCCCUGUUGCCUUCGAUUUUCACUACCCAGGGUGUUAUUGGUCGGCUGUCUAUAUUUGAUUCACUGUACCGAUAUUUGUUUCUAGCAUCUAAUCCAGC